AUGUGAGAAGAGAAGAAGUCGAAUUGACUGAGUGUUUUUCUUAUCUUUCUGUUUUCACCUGUUAAAAUGGAGACCUUAGAUAAUUGGUACAGGCGUGAGGUGUACAGCUGGCGGACAGGGGCUGCUGUGGGAUGGACUCUGUUGUUACAGCCUUGUGUUUUGGCGAUGUACUUCAUCUUCUGUACCUUGGAUAUAUUUCACCCUCUUUCAUGGAUAGCAGGUUCCUUUUCAAUGCUGUUUUCUGCACAUUACAUAUUUGUCUUGGUGGUGCUUACAGUGGUGUCUGGAGUGCUGGGUAUUCUGAUGUCCUCCUCUUACACAGUGAUUCCUGACAUCCCUUUAACCCGCCUGCAUGAACUUGUUCAGCUUCUAUUGCCAUCAUGUCUUUUGCAAUGCCUAAUGUAUCUUGUGUCGGGUGUAGUGACAGCUUGGGUGUGCACUUCCUGUAUUGGAGAGCGCUACUCUUCCCUCAUCAUCAAAUCAAAUGAUAAUGACAGAGAGGUGUAUUACCUGAAUGAGUACCAUCUAUUCCUGGUGGUGUAUGGUAUGUACAGCGGAGUCCUGUACAACAUCACAAUGUUUCUUCACCAGAAUAACUUGAUACAGUUCCCAGUGCUUGAGCAAGCCAAGUUUUUCCAAGUGAGAAGUAGACUCUACACGGAACUGCUGAAAUCGCUUUCCUAUUCAUUCUGGCACACAAUGUAUUUUUAUCCAUUCUAUUGGAUGUUUGGUCAUAUUCCAAAAGACAUUGUUAUACAACAUUCAUCAGUAUUAAGCUCUGAGAUAGCACUUAACUCAGUAUGGGGCCUGUUUGAUGUGUCUCUCCUGUACCAGACUUUCCUGUGUGGUGUGUUCCUCUACUUUACUUGGACUGUUAGCAGUGUGCUGUACAAGAUCUACAACACAGAGCAUUAUGCAUUUCCUGUAGAAGAUGUCUUUGAUGAUCAGAAAAAUAAAUGCCUUGUUGACGCCUUGUCUUGUAAUACUAACAGUUUACUGCAGUGUCUGGGAUUCUAUGAUUUGUGCCACUUAUCCAGAAAGUGUGGCGUAAGGAGAAGUGUUGUGUUUAGUCUGAGUCAGCCAGGUGGUCAUCCCCACAACUGGAACAAGUUGUAUUCAGCUUGUGUGGCUGAAGUCAAUGCCCUCAACCAGAAAGUACAGGAAGCCAACUGGAGAGUAUUUGCUAGUGUUCCAGUUAGACAGGCCAGUGGUGAGAAAAACCUACCUUCAACACCAGCAGCAGAGAGAACUACUGCAACGUUGUCUUACCGAGGGACCACAAAUGUCACCGAUGGGAAUCCAAGUCUGCCUGUUGAUAAGCCAUCAUCCAAUGUGCAGACUUUCAAAGAUCUGACUCUAGUGUAUCUAAAGAAGAAACCCGUUUUCAGUUAUUUCCUGUCGGAGUUGCCUGAUUCUAAAAGCAGAAAGCUUUUUGCUACAUGUCAAGUACAAGUUUGGGCAGUUGAAGCUUUGUCCAACUUUGCCACUGCCUCCUAUACUGAUGAUAAAUAUGGUGUAGUCCAAAGAUCCCUACCAGAAAUUGUUACUGCAAUCGUGAAUUUACAGGAGAAUGUUGAAAAACAUUUUAAAUUGGCCACAGCAACGAGUCGUCGGAAUCAGAGAGACCUGGGACAUUAUGACACUCAGCUCGGAUAUCUGUUACAGACAACACUGAAAAGUUCCAUGUACAAAAUCGUAAACACUUUCGGAAAACAUAUAUUAAGCCUUAAUCUUUCUCCAGAAUGUGUGAGGAAGCUUAGACUAUUUAUGGACUACAAGGAGUGACACCAAGAAAAAUUUAUUUGAUUGCUAACAGAAAAAUCUAUGAUGAUAACUAUAAUGGGAGAAGUCACACCUUGAUUACAUGUUAAAGAGUUGAAAUAUCUACAAGAUAAAUACUGUAUCAGGAUCUAUCUAUACAUGUAUAUUGUGUCUAGAUGUGUUGAUGUAAGUGCUGUGAUUAAGUGACUUCAUUAUUGUUAAAAAGGUAUUGAAGGCUUUACCUAUACAUGGUACUUAUGAUAGACUGAUAUGUGGAGAUUUGGCCAUAGCUAGUGCCUGUGAUGAAAGUGACGAUGGUUAAUCAUGUCUGAUCAAAUUAAGGCAGUAUAUAUUGUCUUAAUUUUAAAUUUGAAUUAUUGAAAAUAUAUGAAGAAUUCUAUUAUUGGUGCUGGUUGAACAUGCCAUUGAUGAUGCAACCUCUUGAAGCAAAAACAAUAUCUAUGUGAACAGUUCAUCUUUGUAAAUUACUGACUACACAUGACUUAUAAUAAUCAAAGCAAUAGAUGGAAAUAGAAAAGAAGUGAUUACAUGUAGUCCAGGAUUUGUGUGCAUAAAUAUUGCUUGUGUAAAUUUUGUAUAAAAAAAGGCCAUGCUGUUACAAAAUCCUACUUUGGUUCUGGUAAAGCUAACUGUAGUUAUUGAAGAAGACUAUACCAGACUACUGGAUAGUAAUCAGUAUGUCAAUUUCUUGUGAAACCUACUUCCUUAUUGGAGAGUUUUUCUUUCUGAUGUUAUUUGGCAUAUAUUCUAUUACUGUCACAAAAAUAGUGUUGCUUUUGAAAAUUAAACAUAUUUGAAGAACAGCUAUCACACUAUUUACUUAUAUAGCCUAUCUUUGUUUGGUUUUGAACUGAUUUCAGACAUUUUUCAUCUCAUGAUAUGUUAAUUGCUCCCGUCUGUGGAGUGUCCAUCAUUCCCUACUUUUGUCUGCAUGCUCAUGAACAAUUCAUGCUAUCACGAAUUCUUUAAAAGUGCUUAAUUGAUCUUUCUCAGAUUUCAAAUGUAGAGUCUCCUCAGCCCAUUGUGCAUGAUCAAUUUUGGGACUGAAAGAAAAAUAAUUUGGCUGGCAGGUGACCAUCUUUGAUUUUGACAAUAAAAAUUUCAUGGAAGUAAGGUAUAAAUCUUUCCCAAAUUUAAGAUGUUCCUUGGGUAGUUUUCUCUUGGUCCCUAAUUGUACCCAUUUGAUUUGGGAUUAAUCAGAAAAACAAAAUGGCUGACAUCCCACCAUCUCAGUUUUGAACCAUGAAAGAUUGUGCUCUUUUUCUAGAGGUAUACUGAAUGGGUCUUGUCAUGUUUUAUAAAUAGGUUCCCUGGUCUUUUAUUGUGCCUUUUGAUUUUGGACUGAUCAGAAAAACAAAAUGGCUGACUGGUGGCCAUUAUGGAUUCACUAUUUCUUGAGAGGGAAUUUAAUUUUGGAACUGAUGGAAACAUUUUUAAAAAAUCAAAAUGACUGACAGGUAGCGGUGAUUAACAUAGUAUUAUUGCAGCAAUGAUUUAUGUUUAUUUCCAGAAUACGUUUACCUCCAGCAAUUACAUAAUAUAUGUUAAUAUGUAGGAUAUAUCAAUAUAUCAUAGCAGGUUAUAACCUCAUUCUACCACUGUGUUGGUACUUUGUUGUAGAUAAAUUUUCAUUCUUGGAUAUUUUUGGUUAUUGUUUGGAGUUGUCAACAAGUAAUUGUUACCCAUUGCCAUGGAAACAUAUUUAGAAAAGAAUUGAUAAGUAUCCAAACUCAUUUCUAGACUGUUCUAUUAUGGGUCCGUCGUCAAAUUGCUAUGUGUAAUGAAUGAUUAUGGUCAUGCAGUAACCUAUUUUGAUCAAAUUUGCUUGGAAGCAUCCUAGGGGGCAGGAGAACCAUGUUUGUGUAAAUAUUGGUCUUAAGCAAUCUUUGGUGAAAAGAAAACAAUCAUGUGUAAGCAUAAGGUCUCGGUCCUUUGGGGCAAGAGGGGCGAGUCCUAAUAGGGAAAAUAGAAUGAAUUCUUUAAAAUCCUUCUCCUCCAGGAGAGAUGAAUGAAUAUUGCUCAAAUUUGGUCUGAAGCAUUUUUAGGUGAAGAGGAAUCGGUUUUGCUAGGUGAUUGAUAAUGGCCCUACAGGCACUCAGAUUGUUGCUGUUCACAAUAUCAGUGCACAGAUAAUGGGUAAUGGUCAGUCAUUUUCCUGAAAACCAUCAAUACCUUAUUUUGCACACUGAUAGGUUUUGAAUAAGUAACAUUUUUGAGGUGUGCAGUUUUAUGCAUGAAAUAAAUGAGCAGAUAUGUUGAUUAAAAUACUACCCUAUGUAGAUGGAUGAGGAGAACAUCUUCUGGAUCUGUUUGAUGUUAUUUAGAUGUGUUUACUUACUAGAUCAGUGAGGAAGAUUAAUGAAAAAUAAUGGUGUUUACCAAAAUUCUUUUAAAUACUUACCAAGAUUGAUUUUUCACCUCUCUAGAUUUUGAUGUUAUUUGAAUUAUGAUUUUUCUUAAAAUUCACCACAGGGUUCACUUGAUUAAGUGACAUAAAUCAUAUCAACUGAUUGGAAUUCUGAGCCUAUGAAUUAGAAUCAGCAAUAUUCAAAAUGUUAUUUUAAGAAAUUAAAGGUCACCAGCCACCUCCUUUCAGUUUGGAGAAGCAAAGUCGUUAAUUAAAAUAAACAUUGAAAACUCAAUAACAGUGGUCUUUAGGAACAAACAAACAAAUUAAAGGGAGGUGAAUUUCUCAGGAUGAAAACUGGUAAAUAUUUCUUAAAAAAUAGACAUGUUGGCUUGAAAUGUCCAUUUUUCUUUUAUUUUAAAUGGCAUAUAUUUUGUGUUUCAGAACUUUUGUCAUAUUUAUGAAUUAUUGCUGAGAAAGUCAAGUUAAUGAGAAGUACACAACUAAAGAAUAUGUACAUUAUAAAAAGCAUUUUAAUAUAAGGGUAGAUCAUCCUGUACACAGCUUAAAAUAGGACAAAAAUAAUUAUUCCUCUUUUGGGGUAAAAAACAUUAAAUUUGAUGGAUUUUUCUAUUCGUUGAUAACACCAUCAAUAGAUAUUGCAUUCAUUUCUGGUUUGUACACACUUUCA